UCAAGCUAACCGGAUGCUUUUGGUUUGCGCGUGAGAACUUCGAAGUCGACCGUAGGGCUGUUCCUCUCGUUUCUCUCUGGACCAUCUGACAAGUCUGCUGCGUGUUACACAUGAGUCCUCGCUCAUUAACUGAAGUUUAGAGUUGACUCUGAUUUUAGCUAUCCCUCGGACGGUCUGGACCAGCGAGACGCACAGGAAAGGAGGCAGUUCUGUGGGCAUUUUGUACAGCCGCGAACCUCAGAUAUACGAUUAAGAAAAUAUUAAUACCAACAGAAAUAUUGAGGAAAGAGCAGAGCGAUCACAAAUCGAUAGUUCUUUAACUAAUUUAACCGUAAGCCUAUAAUAAAUACGCUUGUCCACUAAACUUUUGAUGCUUUCAAUUGCGCGCUUUAAAUGUUUUCUUAAUAAUUUCGAGCAAAAAGCUAAUUUAUGAUGACGACAAUGCAAAUUAGCGAUAGUAUAGGAUAGGUUACAGAGUUACUGUUACCGCUGUCAAAUUAUCUUGUAAUCAUAUUAUUCGAUGGCACCUCACGUUAAAGGCUUAACGGUAAUUGGGAUUAUCAUAUUACCAAUUUAACAUUUUCUUCAACUUGCAUUUGACAUACCGCACUUGUCAAAAUGAGCAUUUUCUUUUGUGGUCGUGACUUGAUUUAUAGAUAACUUAUUUAACAAACGAAAUUCGGAGUAAACCCUGACAUUGGAGGAAUGAAAUUGUGACCUACUCGCUGGAAUUAGUCUUUAGUAGGUAGGCUAAUUAUUAUUCAACGCGGACAACUUGAUCAUGACUUCGAUUUCAGUUGGCUAAAUCACCAACGUAGAUAUGGGCUCACUGUUAAAUAGGUGAUUUAAACUGUAUUCCGUUGUAUUUAAUAGGCCUACUUCUAUCUGUAGGCCUAUAUUGGCUAACCAUGUUAGGGAGCCCAUCAAAUAACGGUGGCAUUAGAAUGUUGGUGCCCCCCGCAUCCAACGACGAUAGGCGGGUUGAAUUUGUGGCUCUUACCGCAGUUCAUAUGGAGAGGAGCGAACCAUCGACCCCGGAGCGCGCGCACCCCUCUCACCGCACCGGGCUUCUCGGUACCCCGCUGCCGGGGCGUCCUGGACCACGGGCGACCACCUCAGCCUCCAGCAAGCGCUACAGAAAGUUUCAGAACUUCUUGUACAACGUACUGGAGAGACCACGAGGAUGGGCAUUCAUCUACCAUGCGUUCAUUUUCCUGCUGGUGUUCAGCUGUCUGGUGCUGUCUGUGUUCUCAACCAUCCCAGGCAAUCAAAAGAUAGCCAACGAAGGCCUCUUCAUCCUGGAGUUUGUAAUGAUCGUGGUGUUUGGUCUGGAAUACGUUGUGAGGGUUUGGGCGUCCGGCUGCUGCUGUCGUUACAGAGGAUGGCAGGGGAGACUACGCUUCGCCAGGAAACCCUUCUGCAUCAUAGACUUGAUAGUGUUUGUGGUGUCCUUGGCGGUGAUCGCAGCGGGCACCCAGGGGAAUGUCUUUGCCACCUCUGCCCUGCGCAGCAUGCGGUUCCUCCAGAUCCUCCGGAUGGUACGCAUGGAUAGACGAGGAGGCACCUGGAAACUACUGGGCUCUGUGGUCUACGCCCACAGCAAGGAGCUGAUUACAGCGUGGUACAUUGGUUUCCUGGUCCUGAUCUUUGCCUCCUUCCUGGUCUACCUGGCAGAGAAGGACGUCAACACAGAGUUCAACACCUACGCAGACUCCCUCUGGUGGGGAACGAUAACUCUCACCACCAUCGGCUAUGGUGACAAGACACCCCGCACCUGGUUGGGGAGACUUCUGGCUGCCGGCUUCGCUCUCCUGGGCGUGUCCUUCUUCGCCCUUCCUGCCGGUAUCCUGGGGUCAGGCUUUGCCCUGAAGGUGCAGGAGCAGCACAGACAGAAGCACUUUGAGAAGAGGAGGACUCCUGCUGCCAGCCUUAUACAGGCUGCGUGGCGUCUGUACUCUACUGAUGCUCAGCACUCCUACCUGACAGCCACAUGGUACUUCUAUGACAGCAUGCUUCCAUCCUUCCGAGACCUGACGCUACUGUUCAGUCACCUUCAGCGACGGCGUAGCGUCAAGAAGGUCCUUCACAAGUCCCACCACACCCUGCUGUCUGGGCUACGGCCCUACAGCUCCCCCUACCUGUCAGGGGACAGCAGCAAAAUAGGUUUUCGAGACCGGAUGCGGAUGAACAACUCUCGUUCGUCCCAGGCAAUACGGAGCAAGGCGUCCCCACUGCCUCCCAGGACGAGUUUCCGCCAGUCACCCAGCACGGAGAAUGUCCCAGAAGCCACCAGUCCCGGGAAGGUGCAGAAGAGCUGGAGCUUCAACGACCGCACGAGGUUCCGCACCUCCCUGCGACUCAAACCCAGACCUCCUGCAGACGUGGAAGGAGUAGGGGAGGACAGUGUUGAAGACAAACCAUAUUGUGAUGUAGCCAUGGAGGAGGUGAUCCCAGCAGUGAAGACCUUGAUACGGGCUGUCAGGAUUCUGAAGUUCCUGGUGGCCAAGAGGAAGUUUAAGGAGACUCUGCGUCCGUACGACGUGAAGGACGUUAUAGAGCAGUACUCUGCUGGACACCUGGACAUGCUGGGGAGGAUCAAGAGUCUACAAACCAGAGUGGAUCAGAUAGUGGGUCGUGGAUCGUCCUACCAGCCAGAUAAUAAGAAGGUGAGGAGUGAGAAGGGAGAGAAGACCCCUCCAGAACUGGACCUUCUGGACGAGCUCAGUAUGAUGGGACGGGUCAUUAAGGUGGAGAAACAGGUGCAGUCGAUAGAGAACAAGCUGGACCUCCUGCUUAACUUCUACACCCAGUGUCUAAAGAAAGGCUCGUCCAACUUCACCCUGUCCUCUCUGUUGGAACCAGACCUGACGUCAGACUACCACAGCCCCACGGAACACCGCGACCUCUUCCCCUCUGCCAACACACUCAACAUCUCCCACUCAGAGUCCAGCAAUAUGGAGUGACUGGUAGUGUACUCACUGACUGGGGCUGGGGCUGAGGCUGGGGCUGGGCGGGUAUGAACUGGGCCCACCACUAGACCCUCACCUCAAUGUUUUUAAGCCCUGAGAUGUCAUGUCACUAUACUGGACUGUAGCAGCACUCCCGGAACAACCCUCUAUGCCCAUAUCUCUUUGCAGUUGUAACCCUUGACCUUUCUACUGAUCACCAAACCAAUUUGAUUCCUAACUUAGAAUCCUCUCGCAAGGAAUUCACACUCCACACUAUAGAACCCACAUUUAUUAGUUCCUCCCUCCACAUAUUUAAAAUCCUCUGGUACAUAUGUUAGAGCCACCAAUAGUGGAGAAUUCAUCAUACUAUCCUCUCUCUAUUUUAGUGCUGAGCGAUUAACCGAAAUGUUGGUUAUUGUUCACCAGCGUCGGUUCAAUUAUCUGAAUUCCAUUUCAUUCUGUUUUUAUCUGUGAGCUCAAUGUGCACAUUUCUCUAGAGAUUAAUCAUAUUGACCGAACUGUGCAAUGUAGUUGGGAGUUGUAGUUUCCAACAGGCCAAUGGACUCUACAAGGUAUCGAAAGCGUUCCACAGGGAUGAUGGCCCAUGUUGACUCCAAUGCUUCGGUCAAUCUGGAGGCUAAAGAAACAUACACCUGUUUAGGCGAGGUGCUGGCUAGCGGAGUAGAACACCUGUUUAGGAGAGGUGCUGGCUAGCGGAGUAGAACACCUGUUUAGGAGAGGUGCUGGCUAAUGGAGUAGAACACCUGUUUAGGAGACGUGCUGGCUAGCAGAGUAGAACACCUGUUUAGGAGAGGUGUUGGCUAGCGGAGUAGAACACCUGUUUAGGAGAGGUGCUGGCUAGCAGAGUAGAACACCUGUUUAGGAGAGGUGCUGGCUAAUGGAGUAGAACACCUGUUUAGGAGACGUGCUGGCUAGCAGAGUAGAACACCUGUUUAGGAGAGGUGCUGGCUAGCGGAGUAGAACACCUGUUUAGGAGAGGUGCUGGCUAGCAGAGUAGAACACCUGUUUAGGAGAGGUGCUGGCUAAUGGAGUAGAACACCUGUUUAGGAGACGUGCUGGCUAGCAGAGUAGAACACCUGUUUAGGAGAGGUGUUGGCUAAUGGAGUAGAACACCUGUUUAGGAGAGGUGGUGGCUAGCGGAAUAGAACACCUGUUUAGGAGAGAUGCUGGCUAAUGGAGUAGAACACCUGUUUAGGAGAGGUGCUGGCUAGCGGAGUAGAACACCUGUUUAGGAGAGGUGCUGGCUAGCGGAGUAGAACACCUGUUUAGGAGAGGUGCUGGCUAGCGGAGUAGAACACCUGUUUAGGAGAGGUGCUGGCUAGCGGAGUAGAACACCUGUUUAGGAGAGGUGCUGGCUAGCGGAGUAGAACACCUGUUUAGGAGAGGUGCUGGCUAGCGGAGUAGAACACCUGUUUAGGAGAGGUGCUGGCUAGCGGAGUAGAACACCUGUUUAGGAGAGGUGCUGGCUAGCGGAGUAGAACACCUGUUUAGGAGAGGUGCUGACUAGCGGAGUAGAACACCUGUUUAGGAGAGGUGCUGGCUUGCAGAGUAGAACACCUGUUUAGGAGAGGCGCUGGCUAGCGGAGUAGAACACCUGUUUAGGAGAGGUGCUGGCUAGCAGAGUAGAACACCUGUUUAGGAGAGGUGCUGACUAGCGGAGUAGAACACCUGUUUAGGAGAGGUGCUGGCUUGCAGAGUAGAACACCUGUUUAGGAGAGGUGCUGGCUAGCGGAGUAGAACACCUGUUUAGGAGAGGUGCUGGCUAGCGGAGUAGAACACCUGUUUAGGAGAGGUGCUGGCUAGCGGAGUAGAACACCUGUUUAGGAGAGGUGCUGGCUAGCGGAGUAGAACACCUGUUUAGGAGAGGUGCUGGCUAGCAGAGUAGAACACCUGUUUAGGAGAGGUGCUGGCUAGCAGAGUAGAACACCUGUUUAGGAGAGGUGCUGGCUAGCAGAGUAGAACACCUGUUUAGGAGAGGUGCUAGCUAGCAGAGUAGAACACCUGUUUAGGAGAGGUGCUGGCUAGCGGAGUAGAACACCUGUUUAGGAGAGGUGCUGGCUAGCGGAGUAGAACACCAGUUUAGGAGAGGUGCUGGCUAGCGGAGUAGAACACCUGUUUAGGAGAGGUGCUGGCUAGCGGAGUAGAACACCUGUUUAGGAGAGGUGCUGGCUAGCGGAGUAGAACACCUGUUUAGGAGAGGUGCUGGCUAGCAGAGUAGAACACCUGUUUAGGAGAGGUGCUGGCUAGCAGAGUAGAACACCUGUUUAGGAGAGGUGCUGGCUAGCAGAGUAGAACACCUGUUUAGGAGAGGUGCUAGCUAGCAGAGUAGAACACCUGUUUAGGAGAGGUGCUGGCUAGCGGAGUAGAACACCUGUUUAGGAGAGGUGCUGGCUAGCGGAGUAGAACACCAGUUUAGGAGAGGUGCUGGCUAGCGGAGUAGAACACUUGAAAAAGAAAAGGAGAGACGCAAGCCAAGCUGUCUUCAUCAGGGUAAAGCUCCAAUGCUUCCCACAGUUGUCAAGUUGGCUGGAUUUUCUUUGGGUGGUGGCCCAUUCUUGAUACAUGUGGGAAACUAUUGAACUCUUGACACACUCAAACCUGUGCGCCUGGCACCUACUACCAUACCCCGUUCAAAGGCACUUCAAUCUUUUGUCUUGAACAUUCACCCUGUGAAUGGCACACACACACACAAUACAUGUUUCAAUUGUCUCAAGGCUUAGAAAUCCUUCUUUAAUCUGUCUCCUCCCCUUCAUCUACACUCAUUAAAGUGGAUUUAACAGGUGACAUCAAUAAUGGAUCAUGGCUUUCACCUGAAUUCACCUGGUCAGUCUACAUCAUGGAAAGAGCAGGUGUUCUCACUUCAAAAAACAACUAAAAUAGUGAUUUUGUCAGACAGCAUAGACAACAGCUAUAUAGAGAUGAGAUCAAGACUUGGAAUUAAAUAAUAGUCGUAAAAUUAAACAAAUGUAAUUUACACAACUGAAAUAUUUUAGUAAGGUAAUGAUGGUUAAUUUAUUUUUAUUUGAUUUAACUAGGCAAGUCAGUUAAGAACAAAUUCUUAUUUUCAAUGACAGCCUCGGAACAGUGGGUUAGUUGCCUUGUUCAGGGGCAGAACGACAGAUUUUUACCUUGUCAGCUCGGGGAUUCAAUCUUGUAACUUUUCAGUUACAAGUCCAAUGCUCUAACCACUAGGCUACCUGCCGCCCCAGGCCGCAGUAAUGGGCUGCCACUACCAUCAUGGAACUUUCAUUCAUUGUUUUAUUCUGUAUUGGUAUAGCAUUCAACCCACAUAAUGCAUAGUGCAUUUCAUGUUUAAAAAAAUGAUCGAAAUCGAAAACCCUGAUUAUUUUUAAAUAAUGGAACUGAAACCGACUGACCUCAAAAAGCACUAAUCGCUCAGCACUGCUCUAUUUCCAAAGCAGCACCCAUCAACCCCUACCACCCCUCACCUCUGUUUUCACCCACGUUAUCCCCUUACCACCCCUCACUUCUGUUUUCACCCACGUUAUCCCCUUACCACCCCUCACCUCUGUUUUCACCCACGUUAUCCCCUUACCACCCCUCACUUCUGUUUUCACCCACGUUAUCCCCUUACCACCCGUCACCUCUGUUUUCACCCACGUUAGCCCCUUACCACCCCUCACCUCUGUUUUCACCCACGUUAUCCCCUUACCACCCCUCACCUUUGUUUUCACCCACGUUAUCCCCUUACCACCCCUCACCUUUGUUUUCACCCACGUUAGCCCCUUACCACCCCUCACCUCUGUUUUCACCCGCGUUAUCCCCUUACCACCCGGCACCUCUGUUUUCACCCACGUUAUCCCCUUACCACCCCUCACCUCUGUUUUCACCCACGUUAUCCCCUUACCACCCGUCACCUCUGUUUUAACCCACGUUAUCCCCUUACCACCCCUCACCUCUGUUUUCACCCACGUUAUCCCCUUACCACCCGUCACCUCUGUUUUCACCCACGUUAUCCCCUUACCACCCGUCACCUUUGUUUUCACCCACGUUAUCCCCUUACCACCCCUCACCUCUGUUUUCACCCACAUUAUCCCCUUCUCCUCCAUGUUCUCUCCAUCCUCAUCUCUCCAUGAUAGUCCUAACCAACCCUAACCCAUCCUCAUCUCUGUUUCCCCCCACACCUUCCUCCCAUUAUCCCCUUCUCCUCCAUGUUCUCUCCAUCCUCAUCUCUCCAUGAUAGUCCUAACCAACCCUAACCCAUCCUCAAGCGAACAUUGCCAGUGGACCUGUGGAGUACUUAACAUACAGGCACUGGCCACCAGAGGGAACCUAGACACUGGCCACCAGAGGGAAACUAGACACUGGCCACCAGAGGGAACAUGGACACUGGCCACCAGAGGGAACAUGGACACUGGCCACCAGAGGGAACAUGGACACUGGCCACCAGAGGGAACAUGGACACUGGCCACCAGAGGGAACAUGGACACUGGCCACCAGAGGGAACAUGGACACUGGCCACCAGAGGGAACAUGGACACUGGCCACCAGAGGGAACAUGGACACUGGCCACCAGAGGGAACAUGGACACUGGCCACCAGAGGGAACAUGGACACUGGCCACCAGAGGGAACCUAGACACUGGCCACCAGAGGGAACCUAGACACUGGCCACCAGAGGGAACAUGGACACUGGCCACCAGAGAGAACAUGGACACUGUCCACCAGAGGGAACAUGGACACUGGCCACCAGAGAGAACAUGGACAGUGGCCACCAGAGAGAACAUAGACACUGGCCACCAGAGGGAACAUAGACACUGGCCACCAGAGAGAACAUAGACACUGGCCACCAGAGAGAACAUGGACACUGGCCACCAGAGGGAACAUGGACACUGGCCACCAGAGGGAACAUGGACACUGGCCACAAGAGAGAACAUGGACAGUGGCCACCAGAGGGAACAUAGCCCCUGGCCACCAGAGGGAACAUGGACACUGGCCACCAGAGGGAACAUGGACACUGGCCACCAGAGAGAACAUGGACAGUGGCCACCAGAGAGAACAUGGACAGUGGCCACCAGAGAGAACAUAGACACUGGCCACCAGAGGGAACAUGGACACUGGCCACCAGAGGGAACAUUGACACUGGCCACCAGAGGGAACAUUGACACUGGCCACCAGAGGGAACAUUGACACUGGCCACCAGAGGGAACAUGGACAAUGGCCACCAGAGGGAACAUGGACACUGGCCACCAGAGGGAACAUGGACACUGGCCACCAGAGGGAACAUGGACACUGGCCACCAGAGGGAACAUGGACACUGUCCACCAGAGGGAACAUGGACACUGGCCACCAGAGGGAACAUGGACACUGGCCACCAGAGGGAACAUGGACACUGGCCACCAGAGGGAACAUGGACACUGGCCACCAGAGGGAACAUGGACACUGGCCAUCAGAGGGAACAUGGACACUGGCCAUCAGAGGGAACAUGGACACUGGCCAUCAGAGGGAACAUUGACACUGGCCAUCAGAGGGAACAUUGACACUGGCCACCAGAGGGAACAUGGACACUGGCCACCAGAGGGAACAUGGACACUGGCCACCAGAGGGAACAUGGACACUGGCCACAAGAGGGAACAUUGACACUGGCCACAAGAGGGAACAUAGACACUGGCCACAAGAGGGAACAUUGACACUGGCCACAAGAGGGAACAUUGACACUGGCCACAAGAGGGAACAUUGACACUGGCCACAAGAGGGAACAUUGACAGUGGCCACAAGAGGGAACAUUGACAGUGGCCACAAGAGGGAACAUGGACACUGGCCACCAGAGAGAACAUAGUCACUGGCCACCAGAGGGAACAUUGACACUGGCCACCAGAGAGAACAUAGUCACUGGCCACCAGAGGGAACAUUGACACUGGCCACCAGAGGGAACAUUGACAAUUCCCUACAAUUACACCUCUCAGUUCCUUUCUCUCUCAGUUCCUUUCUCUCUCAGUUCCUCUGUCUCAGUUCCUCUGUGUCUCAGUUCCUCUGUGUCUCAGUUCCUCUGUGUCUCAGUUCCUCUGUGUCUCAGUUCCUCUGUGUCUCAGUUCCUCUGUGUCUCAGUUCCUCUAUGUCUCAGGUCCUCUGUGUCUCAGUUCCUCUGUGUCUCAGUUCCUCUGUGUUUCAGUUCCUCUGUGUCUCAGUUCCUCUGU